AUGACGACCACCACCACAACGGCGACGUUUCCUCCCGCGGUCGACAGCAGGCACCUCGCCGCCUACGGCCUGGGUCAAAUCCCAGACCAAUCCGGCCCUUACGCUGCUGUCCUUGGUCAGGACAACCUCAACGCCGCCUACGCUUAUAGUAAUUUUAGAGACAGAGACAGAGACAGAGACAGAGACAGGGAGCAACACCAGCUUCAACAGCAGCAACAACAACAUCACCAACACUACUCGUCCUUUGGCGAAUCGUCCGUGCGAGGAGGUUCAAGCAGGAUGGACGUCGCUCCCAGGAUGCGCUCGUCUUCAUACAAUGAGUUUUCCGCAGAAAAGCCGUCGGGUCCGGCAUACGAUCCCGCCGUGGGAUCACGGCCUGCAACGGCCAACGACACAAACGCCUUACAACAGCCCGCUCAGUACGAUCAUGCACCGCCUACCGCUUCUACGGCGGCAGCAGCAGCAGCAGACUCGAAUGACCGACUACGCUACACGCCCUCUCCAUAUCUUCGCGAAUCCUUUCGCCAAUCAAAAGACGACUCGGGCGUGUUCACUGACGUCCGCUCUGCCACAGACACGCCCGUCGACGUCCUCUCCGAGUCGAGCGCGACCCCGGGCAGGCAAUCUCAACAUCUGCAAAACGGCAUGCCGAAGCACCCGUCGAUAUCGCCUACGAACGGCAAUGUGCCCCCACGGCACUCCCCGAUAAUCCCCUCAAGUGCAGCGCCGUCUUAUAAGCCCACUGCCAUUCCUAUCUCUUCCAGCACGCGAGCAGUUGCCCAGCAACCUACGUAUAUUACGCCGCCUUCUUCGCCCACUCCCAUUGCAGUCAAUCCUGUUUAUAACACUUAUGCACCCGAUACGCGGUAUAAUCAGCAGACCUACCGGCCCGCUGGGUAUCCUCAACAAGAUGGCCGCGAGAUUUGUGUCGAGUGCGCGAUGCGCGAUCAGGACAUGGCUGAUGUCGACGUCACGGGCCCCGGUGUAUGGGACCGUGAAAGCGAUAUUCAUUAUCAUGAACUCUGCCGCCAGGAAGCGGAGGAGGAGGAACGUGCUCGAACAAAAGCGUCUAACUCGAGUUCAGAAUCCCAUCAAGUUGUCGUUAGACCUGCCGACCAUAGUAGACCUCGCGCACGAGGUAACCGUUUGACGGAGCCUAACUUGAAACUCUGGCUCUCAAUGUUUAAGAAUCCUCGUGAGCCGCAAGCGCGCCAACAGACAAUCGAUCUUUACAUCAAAACACAGACCGCGCUCUUGGAAGCGGAAGCUCUUGCCCGUGCACGCGCUAUGCAAGAAUCUCGUUUACUCGAAAGCAAACUGAAAGAUACAUAUGAUAGCUUACGGCGAUCGACGUACGACACUUCUACCAAUAAUAACGGGGCAGCUGUCGAUGAAAAUGGGGUACGACUCAAGGCGUCUCAUGGACAAAAGCGCUCAGUGUCUGGGCCCACUCCUUUAUCUCUCGGCCCAAUCGCUCUUGAUGGAUCGGGUCAUCAUGCGCGCCAUCAAAGUCAAGGCCGUGAGGUGACAUUAUUAGAAAACGGCAUGAUCGUCGAACAGGUUGAUGUCCGAAAAGAGGAACGGGAACGCCGUCGCGAGGAGAAACGCGAGCGAGAACGAGAGCGCAGUCGGGCUCGUAAAUCAUCCCGUGGUUCUGGUGGUGACCGUAAUGGAGAACGCAAUGGAGAGGUGAUGUCGAUGUAUUCCGCCAACAGUCCGCUUCCCUACCAAACAGAUAGCGGAUUUUACACCGCUUCGAACGGCUCUGGUCCUAUCCUUGCUCGGGAGCGCGACCGACCGAUGUCGCUUUCGCAAUCGAGUACACGCGCGAUGAGUGUUCUUACCGCUCCGCAACCUCUGACGCCACCCCCAGGCUCGGCGCCUGGUUCCGUUCGCCCACCGAACACACGGGUGCAUUCGCAGAUUUCGCUCGUGGAUUCUCAGAGCAUUAGUUCGGCUAGCAUGAGCGCAAAUCGCCGCUCGAAGUUCUUCGCUUUCCGCAAUUGGAGUGAAGCUUGGAAAAGUAGGGAUAGUUUCGCUCCGUCCGGGAUUAUGUCACUUUCGGGUAGUAUGAUGGAUAUGCACUUGGCGCUUGACCAGGAGAAGCAGGCCAUGCAGAUGCGGCCGCCUACCGUCGACCUUGGAAGCAACGCACCAUCCAUCCGCCAUAGUCAAAUCUUCCCUCGACGUGCCUCCGUAUCCGGUGAUCGCGACGUCGAACCGCGUGGAAUUGAGCGACCAAAGAAAAAGAAGGGCCUUGCUAAGAUCUGGGGCCUCGUCAAGGGCAAUAGGGGCGCGAAGAACGAGGUACAGCGUGGGCGGGAGGCGCCGCCCGUCGAACGGCCCGAAGAUGACACGCCGCUUGCGCCACCUCCGCCACUAUCGUAUCUUGUCAAUAGGACGUCGCGAGAACGUUCGAUGUCGAAUGCGUCGAGACGUACAUCGGUGCCGCCUUCUUCUGGGACUGCUGCUCCGCCGCCCACUGCCGCACUCCCUACCCCGACGUCGAUUCGGAAUACCUGGUUGGAGGAUGCGUCGUGUUCGAGACAGAUGGGUGGGAUGUUACCUGCGCAUACUGAGGAAUCGCAUAGUAAUGCGAAUGGAUAUGGUACUCCGGAGUCGGAUCCACCAAAGGUCAUUCAGGCUGUUUCGUCUGAGCCCGAUAACAUGCUCCAAAGGGGUGGACAGGACAUUCCACCAGAAUUGCAACCACCUGUUAUCCGUGCACCGUCAUCACCACGUCCUAUCUCCGUCUAUUCCCUCCACAAGUCACUUCCUCCCUUGCCGAAUGAGAUCGCGGCGUCGCAGUCUAUGCCUACGCCGAUCGACUCUCCGCGCCCCGUAACGAUGUUCGACAUGAAUCCGCAAAACGUCAUGGACGGCAAUAAUCUUAAUCUUAAUAACGAGGCGCUCGGUCUUGGUUCACCACAACCAUAUUUCAGGCGAGAUAUGCGGAGACAGUCGUUUGGAGGGUUGAGUUCGAGACCUGACUUACCUGCUUCGGGUGGUACGUUUCCUUUGAACGGACGGAGUAAUAAUAAUAUGCGUCCGGUACUUGGAGGACCACAAGAUCCGUUUGGGUAUUCUCCGUAUGCGGAGAUGGGGAGUACUGCCACUGCUGUACCGGCGUCACGUUCAGUUGGGAGACUUGGGUUAGGCAACUUGCAACAGGAUUAUCAACACCUUCACCCGGCGGCCCCGCGAUGUGAUAAUGAGAAAGCGGCAGUGGUUGGGAAACGGAGGAGUAAGUUCGGACUGGCGAAUUUACUUAGUAAAGUUACAGGCGGUGGGAGUGGGUCGCGUUCGAGUCUUGCGAUGAGAGAGCGAGAGCACGAUGCGAGGUUGUCGUUGGCUGUCCCGUCGCCAUACGUACCUCCGGCUGUACAUCCUGGACCACCGACGAGCGAGUCAGACCCUCAUCAAGAUGGGUCGCCUUCUGUGACGGAUUACGGUGCGGGUAACGGAGGGAGUAGUCGGUCGAGGCAUAAUAACGCUAGUAAUGGAGGAGGUUUGAGUGUGAACGGAGGAGGAGGAGGGUUAAGUGUGAAUGGUUUCACAGCCCCAUCGAGGAUGAGUGUCGCGUCUCGCCGGGCGAUUGAGGAGCUUGUGGACCAGGACCCGAAGUUCGUUGCGUAUCGGUACCCGUCGGUGGAUCAGAACAUUUCGUUCCUUCGUUAA